AUGCCUCGCCCAUUUCCCUUGAUACGAAAUUUCAAUAAUCUAGUGUGGAACCUAAAGCACUACCAGCCAUCGUCACGACGGCCAGCUUUUAGGGCUUCCCGACAUCCAUUCUGUACAAACAUGCAGCUUCGGGACGUAUCGUAUGCAUAUUGGUUUGAAGAAACAGCCAGGGAUUUAGGUGAGAAGCUUGUAUCAAAGAAGACAAGGUCAUCGAAGAGCCAUGCGGAAACAAAACCUCAAAAGAUCUUGGUCGAAAAUGCUAAACCAACGCCUGUCUUGGCAUCAGCACAGAUAUCUUUGGAAGGCACGAGCAAUCCAAGGACAGAUGAACAACCCGAAAUCUCCCGCGAGGAAAUUGAGAUUGUACGCUUGUUUCAACUGGGUGAAAACCUCCAGAUGUACACGAGGCUUCAGGAGUACAAGAAUCAAGGAGUUGUUAUCCCAAUUGGGCUUCUUAACGAGAUGGCUUCGAGGGUGUACGACGAUCUACCGACAAAUAGCGUGGAUACCUACAUUCUCCAAUCUGUGAUAGAGCCGCCAGCAUUCUUUUUGCAAGAUGAUCUACGGUAUUCCAAAAUGUACAAAAAUAUUCUGUCCCGCUUGAGCUACCUUCAUAAAAGCUUUGUGCUCUAUGAGUCUGUCGGCCUUGACAACGAGAAAUUUUUGCUGCACUAUAUCUGGCUCUGUUACCAUCAGGGGGAUCUACAGAAGCUUCAGAAGUUACUCUACCUUUACCUCAAGUGCCAGACUUAUGAUUCGCGUACUUUGAGUUACGUGAUCAAUGCAUUUGUUUACAACUACGAUGUGCAAUUCUCCAAGACGUUGUUCGAUAGUGUUGUUGCAAUGAAAAAGCCGCUCUCGGAAGCUCUCAUUUCAUCUACGCUAGUGGCUUUUGUGAAAGUGGGUGCUCUUUACGACAAUUUGUAUGAUGUUUUCCAAAUUUGGCUCACGUCAGACAAUUGCGAGAGCCCCUAUCCCAAGACCGUUGCAUUACUUGUUGAACAAACCUACAAGUUUGGUACAGAAAAAGAGACUGCACUAGUAGAUAAGCUCUGUGAAGCGUUGGACUAUAACAACAACUCCCUUGUUCAAAUGGCGAGAGAUCAGUCCAGAAUCUUGCGCAGGGAUCCCAAUCAAAAAAAGAGCUUGACAUCAGAUGACGUAAACCAGAUUUUAGAAGUGAGAAACGCCCUUGGAAACUCGAAGCAUGCUUUAAAGGUUUACUACGAAUCUUACAUCCGGUUUUUUGGUAAAUACUGCACCAUGACAAUGGUACAGCUUAUUCUUAAAGAAAUGAAGAAAGAUCAAAUACCCAUAUCCAAGUUUGCAUACGAUUCAAUCAUCCAGCAUUAUGUUGCGAACUCGAAGUUUGUCCAGCUAUCUAAGUUUAUGGACCGGUUCGUUUCAAAAUAUAUUAACUUCGAGCCUAUUUAUAUCAAGCAGCUUUUUGAAGCUUUCAUCAAAACAUAUCCUUAUCAUGGUGAAGAGUUCAUGCAUACCUUCCAUGAGUGGCUCCAAAAGAACGAAAACCUUUCAGCAGAAGAAAAAACGAUAAUUGGGCAUGAAUGUCAAAUCACCACCAACGGAUCAAAAAUGACACCUUGCGCAAUGAAGAGAAAAGUUUUGGAGAACCACAAGAAGUAUGAUCAGUCAGGUUGGUCCAAUAUCAAACAGUCGAGGGGAAGGCCAAUUGCCAAAGUGCAAAAGAAACACCAGAUUCAAUUUAGAUUGAUCGAAGGAAUACGAGGAGUGAUGAGGAAAGGAAUCCGACCAGACUAUCAUAUCAUAGAGAACACACUCAGAAAUCUGAACGCUUCCUUGCGUAUUGGGAUUUUGGAUACGCUAUCAGAAAUGAGAAUGAACGAUUGUGCUACAAGAUUGCAGAUUCAUCACUUUUUGUUGGGAUACCCUCGGAAAACCGACUUUUCCAAGUUCGUCGCGGACACGAUAGACAACAUGAGUACAAGCGACAUGUUGUUGUUGGCCCGCAGAAGCAUGAACAGUUAUGAUUUUGAGACGACGUCUUUACUAUUAAAUUCCUUGAAACACGUGGACAUGAGCGACGGCAGGUAUAUGAUAAGCCUCAACUUGAAGCUCCGCAAUGGUAUUUUCGAAAAUGACUUUGACGGAAUCGUGGCAGAGAUUGAGAGAUUCCCGAUCGAUGACAUUACGCUUAGUCCCUACAUCUACGACCAGUGCCGCUACAUCGAGAAGAUUAUAGUCAGGAGGAUCCAGGUGCACAAAGAAGAGGAAGAGUCACGCCUUGGGGCUAUGAAUCUUGCCUUGGAGAAGUUGCGGGGCCUAAUUGGAGAUAUACAAGUUCGGUUGAAGAAGGACGAUGCGGACAUACGCGCAUUGAUACAAGACUCGUUUCGGGUGUUGAACAGCUGGAUCCAGCAGUCCAGGGAUCACGACGAGAGGAAAACAUGA